UUCUCUCUCAUCUCUCAUUUCCAUUUUCCUUCUCGUUCUCUCUACAAAGUUGAAGAAGAAGAAGAAGCUUCAGCAAUGGCCGCAGCUGCCGCUGAUCAGAUCUCCAAGCUCAAAUCUGAGGUCGCCGCUCUCAGCCAGAUCAGCGAGAAUGAGAAGAACGGAUUCAUCAACCUCGUCUCUCGCUAUCUCAGUGGAACGGAAGCGACGCAUGUGGAUUGGAGUAAGAUCCAGACUCCUACUGAGGAGGUUGUGGUUCCUUAUGACUCCUUAGCACCUACUCCCGAAGAUCCUGCUGAAACCAAGAAGCUUCUGGACAAACUUGUUGUGCUGAAGCUUAAUGGAGGUCUUGGAACAACAAUGGGUUGUACUGGUCCCAAGUCAGUCAUUGAAGUUCGAAAUGGGUUGACAUUUCUGGACUUGAUUGUCAUCCAGAUUGAGACUCUCAAUAACAAAUAUGGAUGCAAUGUUCCUCUGCUUUUAAUGAACUCAUUCAACACUCAUGACGACACAUUUAAGAUCGUUGAGAGAUACACCAAGUCAAAUGUUCAAAUUCAUACUUUUAACCAGAGUCAGUAUCCUCGUUUGGUUGUUGAAGAUAAUUCGCCACUUCCAUCCAAAGGACAGACUGGCAAGGAUGGAUGGUAUCCACCCGGCCAUGGUGAUGUGUUCCCAUCCUUAAGAAACAGUGGUAAACUGGAUAUGUUGUUGUCACAGGGAAAGGAGUACGUGUUUGUUUCUAACUCGGACAACUUGGGUGCUGUUGUGGACUUGAAAAUUUUGAAUCAUUUGGUCCAGAAAAAGAAUGAGUACUGCAUGGAGGUGACACCAAAAACAUUGGCCGAUGUGAAGGGUGGCACUCUAAUCUCUUAUGAGGGAAGGACUCAGCUCCUGGAAAUCGCUCAAGUCCAUGAUCAACAUGUCAAUGAAUUCAAGUCAAUAGAGAAGUUCAAAAUUUUCAACACAAAUAAUUUGUGGGUGAACUUGAGCGCGAUUAAACGUCUUGUGGAAGCUGAUGCACUUAAGAUGGAGAUUAUCCCAAACCCAAAGGAAGUGGAAGGAAUCAAAGUUAUGCAGCUAGAAACUGCAGCGGGUGCGGCAAUCAGGUUCUUUAAUCAUGCUAUUGGUAUCAAUGUACCCCGGUCUCGGUUCCUCCCUGUGAAGGCAACUUCAGAUUUGCUUCUUGUUCAGUCUGACCUCUAUACUGUACAAGAUGGCUCUGUUACCCGUAACCCAGCAAGGAAAAAUCCUGCAAAUCCUUCUAUUGAACUUGGGCCUGAGUUUAAGAAGGUUGCCAAUUUCUUGAGUCGGUUCAAGUCAAUCCCCAGCAUCAUUGAGCUUGAUAGCCUUAAGGUGUCUGGUGAUGUGUGGUUCGGUGCUGACAUUGUUCUCAAGGGCAAAGUAGCUAUCACAGCGAAACCUGGGGUGAAGUUGGAAAUUCCUGACAAAGCUGUGCUGGAGAACAAGGAUAUCAAUGGUCCUGAGGAUCUCUAAGUUUCUUGCCGUGAAAUAUACUGGAUGACAUGUUGAUGUGAUCGAGAACCAUGGUCAUAAGCCAUGCUUGUCUAGUAUGAUAGGAUAAUAAAUGUGUGUUUUUUUUUUGUUAUAACUUUCAAGCUUGCUAUGGUUAAUCCUUUUGUGUAUGAAUGAAAAAUUGAUGCCAAAGGUAGAGCAUAAAGUUUUUGUU